AACAGCCCUCCAGUAGCAGUCGCUGGCCCUGACAAGGAAUUGACUUUCCCAGUAGAAAGUACUACACUGGAUGGAAGCAAAAGCCAAGAUGACCAAGGCAUUGUCUUCUAUCACUGGGAAAAUAUCAGGUAUCCAGAGGCUUUACUAAUCUGCAUUAAAAUAGAGAACAAAGUGAAAGUGAUUGUGUGCCAGAGCCUCUUAUGCAAUUGUGUUGGGUGAUGCACUGUUUGAGAACUGCUUUGAGGCUCUUCCUGCUCAGGUGGUAAUAGGGUGAGAGACAGAAACUGUAAGUUCAACUUGGAAAGCUUAGGCAAUCUCUGCCUGUGUUUUCCAAUGUGUUGGUUUGAGGCCAACUGUUAUAAAGUUAAAAGAAAAUGACAGGAACUUCCUUGUCUCCUGUUAAAAAGUGAGUAACAGGCUUGGGUACCAUCCUGUACAAAGUUUUCCCAUUAGUGCUUAGAAUUAGGGUUUCUAAGUCACUUGUUUGUUGAAUAAUAAAGUAAAUUGACAAUCUGUUUAGCCUGAGCUUUCAGUAGUAGGUGACUAAAGCACUCUUGAAUGAUGAUUGACAGUGUUUUACAAAUCUUUGUAAUUGUAUGUUUAUAUGCAAAACUAAUUGAUCCUUAACAAAAGGACAAGGUAUUAGCUCAUGCAGCUGUUGUAUCCAUGGUACAGGAAGAGGUUUAUUGGCACCCUGUGUAUGUCGUGAGCGGCUCUUAGAGCAACAGUGUUUGCAUGCUCCCGUGAAAUAAUACAGCGAGGAGGUUGAACUUCUGGGGUGCAUUUUCUACUCUUCUAAUAACUGGGUAUGUGAUGCUUGGGUGCUUUGAAUAUCUUGCAGAAAAUGGAUUUAUGAAUUCUCUGAACUAAACUCAUGACUCCUAUAGUUCUUUAACCAUCAGUGUUUAUAGCAGCAGUAGAACAACAAUAUACAUAAAAGCAAAUGAGCGAUGCUGCUGUAAGAACAAUGUGGCUGUCUGUGCAGGAUUAUUUUUGAGAUGUUUUGUUUCAGUGGACCAAGCUCAGUACAGAUGGAAAAUGGCAACAAAGCAAUAGCAACUGUGACUGGUCUUCAGGUUGGUACCUAUCGCUUCAGGCUGACCGUGAAAGACCAACAGGGCUUAAGCAGUGCAUCUGUGCUUUCUAUUACUGUGAAGGAAGAAAACAACAGUCCACCCCGGGCGCAUGCUGGUGGGAAGCAUGUUCUAGUGCUUCCAAAUAACUCUGUUACCUUGGAUGGCUCAAGGUCUGCUGAUGACCAGGGGAUUGUCUCGUAUUUGUGGAUUCGAGAUGGCCAAAGCCCAGCAGCUGGGGAUGUGAUCUAUGGCUCAGACCACGAGGCAGUACUGCAGCUAACUAAUCUGGUGGAAGGAACCUACACUUUUCACUUGAAAGUGACGGAUGCCAAAGGAGACUCAGAUAUUGAUUCAGCAACUGUUGAAGUGCGGCCUGAUCCCAAGAGGAGUGGUCUGGUGGAGCUGAUUCUGCAAGUUGGAGUAGGACAGCUGAGUGAACAGCAAAAGGACACCCUGGUGAGACAGCUGGCUGUAUUACUGAAUGUUUUGGAUUCAGAUAUCAAAGUUCAGAAGAUACAAGCCUACUCAGAUAUAAGCACUGCGGUUGUGUUCUACGUGCAGAAUGGGCAUCCUUCCAAGGUGAUCAAGGCAUCAGAUGUCUCACGAACUCUGCAUGUGCAGCUUUUGAAAGAGAAGGCUGAUUUUCUGCUUUUUAAAGUCCUGCGGGUUGACACGGCUGCCUGUCUUUUAAAAUGUUCUGGACAUGGACACUGUGACCCCAUAACAAAGCGCUGCAUUUGCUACCAGCUGUGGAUGGAAAACUUAAUUCAUCGUUAUCUAAAUGAUGGAGAGAGUAAUUGUGAGUGGAGUAUACUCUAUGUGACUGUAUCUGGUUUUAUUUUGAUUGUGGUCACGGUAGGGCUUGCCUGGUUCUGCAUCUGCUGCUGCAAAAGCAGAAAGAGGACGAAGAUAAGAAAGAAAACAAAAUACACCAUCCUAGAUAACAUAGAUGAACAGGAGAGGAUGGAGCUACGACCCAAAUACAGUAUAAAACACAGAAGUACAGAACACAACUCCAGUCUGAUGGUCUCCGAGUCAGAGUUUGACAGUGAUCAGGAUACUAUCUUCAGCAGAGAAAAGAUUGAAAGAGAGAAUCCUAAAACCCUCAUGAAUGGAUCCAUCAGAAACGGAGUUUCCUUCAGCUACAGUUCCAAAGACAGAUAAUUGAAUGAGGGUAAAAGCACAGAACAUGCUCGUCCAACACAUCUGAAACAUGUUGGCCCACCUCUGUUUUUCCAGAACCGAAAACUUCCUAAAAUACCAACUAAUUGCAGAUGAAAAGGUAAAUUUCUAGCACAGUUAGGGGAGAGAAGGAGGAAGAAUUAGAUGGUCAGCUAACUCCUUUUGUCACCAUUAUAGGAACAAGGAAGAGCACAUCUUAUUUCUUGCAUGUUCCAUGCUGUAUGUUUGUCUGAACUUCAGAAGGCCUUUUUUCCUGUAUUGCUGCUAAAAAACUAGCCAGGGCUGUUAAGCUACUAACAAUGGUAACUGAAAUGCAUAUAGAUCUGUGUCCUGUGCUCCUACCUCUCUCUUGGAGAAGCAGUGUGAUUAUAAUGCUGACCUAAACCAGUGAAAGCCAAUAUAGAUAAAUUCCCUUGCAACUAUAGAGAGCAAUAUGUGACCACAGGCUCAAUCUUCAUUUUCAGUUUAGGUUGGGAACACAGAGAGCAAGCAUUUUCAGUGCGUUGUAUUUAUCUCUGUGCUUUAUGACUUCCUUUUCUAGGGUAGUGCUCAUCAGAUGGAAAUGUCUUUGUUUUCAAAGGAAGUGUACAAUUUAGGAGUUGCACUUAAUCAGCUGUAAUGUAAUGUGGUACAUCUGUGUCCUGUAGGAUGCAAUGUUCCCAAUAUUUACUUAGAAAGUAUGGUGUCUGCAAGGAAGUCCAGCCUUAGGUUGCUUCUGUAAUGAUGGAGGUGCUUUGGCUCCCUGGAGUCUGCCAUGUCCAGCCAGGAAACAGUAGCAGAAAGGCAGGAAGGACUCAGUGCAGUGUGCCUUCAGAAGGAUUUUGAGCAUCCCAAACAACUUUUUGCUUAGCACUUUUAAGGAGCUUUGGACCUUUAAGACUGAACCCUCAGCUGAGUUUUCAUCUGUCAGCCUCAGUGCUCCAUUAAAGAAUGAGCCAGGCAUUCGUGUAGUGAAAUGCUUGUGGUGAAGUACCCUAUGUGGAGCAGGAGGUUCAACACCUACCUUCGUUGUCAUGGGAAUUGGUACUGAGGAAGGUUUUAGCUUGAGCACUUUUCCUGUGUGGCUAUUCAGUGACUAGAUAUGUUGGUCUAAAGAGAUCCCUUUAGGUGUUUGGGAAGGGUAGGUGUGUUGGAGUUCUGAUGUUCUUGCUUGCAGUCUGGAUAAUUUCUUUACAGCAUGCUUAUUAGGCUUUGUACUGUUCUUGAAAUCCCAGACUGAAGACCUGGCUUUUACACAUACGCCUCACUUGUGGGGGCAUCUGUGUCAGCAGUACUGUCUGGCCACAACAUCUGCCUUUCCUGAGGGUGCUUUACUGACAUGCCGGAGUCUUCAGCUGAGCUGGAGGCAUGGUGUGUUCUGAGGGAGGAAACAUUCCUCCGGGAACAUUUUGGACAGGUUUUUUAACUUUUUUUUUUUUUAAUCGGUGGUGGAGAAUCCAUUAACAGAGAAGGGUAGAGUAGUAUAGAGAUCAAGGGGAGCAGAUCAGAAGGGUUGGGGAGGGGAUGUAGUCCACCUCCAUCAUGAGGAAUAAUUUGGUGGAGAAUUUUGGGGCUUUCUCCAUCUUUUCAUAGAAGUCCAACACAACAGAGUAGUUGGGUUGAACACUGUGGCUUCUAUGCUUCUCUUAUUAAUGGAGUUGGGCAAAAGUCAGAAGAACAGUCUAGGCUGGAAGGAAUAUGUAGUCAAAAGUUGCAGCAAUGUUAUGCUCAUACCUGGUUUCAUACCUUUGAUUCUCAAAUGCAGCCAGCAACAGUCCCUAAGGCAACUGAUGCUGCACUGAGGACUGUUUAUCCUGUGCCCAGCCCUACAUCUCUCUGGAGAGCUGAGUGUGGCUGCAGGAGUCAUAGUGUUGGGAGAAGCUGCGAAGAGCUAAAAAGGGCUAAUGCAAGUGUUUUCCAUGUUUUUCCCAUACCCACCAGCAAGAUGCAGUAUAAAUGCUAUGAAUUGCUUUCUUCAGAAGCCAAGUUUUAACUCUGUGUAUGGGGGUUUUAGGCUAUUUAUUGAAACAAAUCUACUUUAUCUCAUUCUCCCCCUUCUUGUGUGUGUGUGCAUAUAUAUAUAUUUUUAAUAAGUUGGUCAAUAAAAGGAAGGACAUCAAUUGAUGUGUUUCAAUUUCUGUUCCAGAGGUGUUAAAAUAAUAACGCAAUGUUCACUUUAAAGCAUUCCUGAGGAAAGUUAAGGCCUACUCAAAUACUAUUUUUUUUUUUCAUUUUUAAAUCAAAAUGUUGGACUUAAUCCAUUCUGCACAAAUUCCUAAAAUGGUUUAGCAGGAAUUAUGCUCUUGGAAACAUGCAUUUGAAAAAAAAAAGGGGGGGGGGGAGAGAAGUUGCAUAGGCAACUACAACUUUGUAUUGGCCACGCUGCCAUUAAUGCUUCUGCUAAAUACUGUAUCCAGUGUGCCUUUAUCUGUAAACUUACAGGACAUGUUAGUGUAGUCAGCACCAUCUUUCAGUUUUGUGAAGGCAGUCACUUGCGUGUUUUGGGUUUAUUUUACAUUUUUAAAGCUGGUGGUGAAGCCUAGGGGGGGUAGUUCUUUCAAGGAAUUAAAACUCAGACAUCUUUUUUUUUAAAAAAAAACAACAACAAAAUUAAAGGCUGAUUCUCUAGUAAAACAACUACAGGAGUCAUAAACCUGCUUUCCUCAAUGCUGCAGAAUUCCCAGGGCUGUUUCCCCUCACACAUACACUGUGGGCUCUGCUCUUUGGAUUGGUGGCAAGUUCUUGUGCCAUGAGAACAUCUGCAUGAUUUGACUAAGUAUUUCUCGCUCUAACAAAUACGAACCACUAGACCUAUUUCUUAUUGCAUAAGGCCCUAGCAAGUGGAAGCUGCUUACUAAAUUCUGUUCUCUAGAUGGUGCUUUGACGUCUUCAUUGCUAACAGUAUUUUAGUUACAUUUUAAAAGUUGAAUAUAGUUUAAAUUUUUGAGCUGCUUCUAAUUUUACUGAUUUGCUUCUUCCGCCUCCUUGGAAGGAGAAGUCAUUCGUCAUACAUAAGAUUGGGCUUGCUCUUAAUAUGAAACUUGCACGAAAGUUAAAAAUAAUAGUUUCUGGCUCUGUGAAUUUGUGAUAUCACAUGUUAGUGUCACUUGGCCAAGCAUGAUUUCUUUUUUUUCCCCAGGAAUUUAGGAGAGACUAUAGCAAGCCUUGUAUCUUGAUUCAGUGUAAUUCUCAUGUCUAGAACUGUUGCUUCCUUGCAGAAUGUCAGGUCUACCUGAAGUGAAAGCAUCAGAAAACUAGCUGUUUAAGGUGCAAACAUAAUGGUGGAUUUCUGAUGCUAUCUUCUAGUUUGGGUUACUAUGGGUUUGAAGCAGGUUCUCAGUCCUCAUGUUUACUUCCACACGCCAUUUUCCUUCGUAUACAGAAAGAGUGCUGGCAGCUUCAUUGUGAAAUAGGGAUAUUCCUGUCUUGUCUGCACUGAAAAGCAGAGGAGACUGAUACAGCCUGUCAUGUAUGGCUUAAAGUUCACUGAAAAUAAAGAAUAAAUUCAGUUUGGCUCUCAUAAGAUAGUGCCUCUCUGUGAAGGCAAAUGGUGUGCUGAUACUUAAUAGUGCAUCAUAGCCUUGGUGUAAGUGCUAGAUUUUCAUUUGCAUCUUGGUUUUACAUUUACACAUGCUGAUGCAUGCACAAGCAGAAAUUGUCCAGCUGUGUAAAAGGACUGCCUUUUGUUUGCAUUUUAAGUAAGGAGUAUAUUUUGGAAAAAAAACUUAUCAUUCCUGCCUGAGGCAUUAAACAGGUUCAGUACUCAGCUUCCAUACUCAAUGCAUUGUAUACACAGCACAAAACUGCCAUGCGGUGAACAGGUCAUUGGCUUGUGAUUUUUAGUUUUCUCAACCAAAACACUACUGCAGUAUGAAACAAAAUUUACCGUGGCAGAUCCACUGAGAUACACAUACAAAUUCUCUGUCCUAUGGUUCAGCCUUUCAUAGUAACCGAGUAGGUUGCGGAGAAAUUCAAGCAAAAUGUGAACAGUCUAAUUGCAGAGAAUUUUUUUAUUUGGGAUGAGGAAGAAAAAAAUUAUUCCUGUUUCAUGUGUAAGAAUACAUUUUCAACUGCAUCCUUUUAGGUAAAUGGAGUCUUAGCAGUCUCCCUCUGUCACAUGCAUCAGAUACAGGUACUGUUCAGGCAUCUGUUUUGUGCUGUCAGAUGGUUUGCUUAUAUGAUGCUGAUUUUCCUUUUAUUUCUUGGUCUCUUGUGGGCAAACAGAAGUGAGCAAACAUGCAAAGAACUUAACAGUGUAUGAACUUAACAGAGAGUGAGUGCAUGUUUUCUAUGCUGAGCUUAAACUUUCCUUAAACUGUUCUGAUAUUCUUGAAAUAAGUGAGAUCUUAAGCAAAUUUCCUGUUCCUGUUUUAAGCCUGAAGUGAAAAUAGUUUUGCCCAUCAAUAUACUGAUAAUGGGCUGUAGUCAGCUGGAGCUGUGGAAUGAUGGCAAUAAAAUGACAGCUAGUUUAGUCUUCUGAGCCAUUUAUGUGAAGUUUGAGAGAGGUAAACAUUCCUCUAGAAGAAGGGAAAUGGGAUAGAGAUGAAUUAAAGUUUCUUAACAUGAGCUAUUGCUUGUCAGUGAUCCCUAACUAGACUACUAAUCCCAUACUUCUGCAGCAAAGGAGAAUCCAUUUCAUAUACCUUUUAGGUCCUGAACUCCCCAAGGCAAGGGAGGGAACCUUAAAGAAGAGAAAUAAAAUUUAAAAAAGGAGGGAGAAAAGGCAAAUAAUUUUUUUCUUUUGCACAGGCUACGAAUGAAGUGCAGAUGAGCCGCACAUCAGUAGUUUGGCUCUGUAUUGAAGUACUUCUCCCUGUGGGUGGAUGGGUGAGCUAUUACAGAAUUUAUAUUAGGAAUCUGUUUCUAGAACAUGUUAUUUAUUGCAAAUGGUAAUGUAUUGUAACUGGAACCCUUUCUGAGCUGAAAUUAUUACAUUUAUGUAACUACUAAUAAAGUUUUGUCUUUCCUUCUA